GUGUGUUACACCGUUAUUUGUCCGGGGUGGUGACUGGAAAGGGAAGCAAAUGUUUGCGUGCAGUGGGACGGGUUGGACUGGUUUACCCCAAAUGAAAAGAUGAGUGUGAUAGAGUAAACAAAGAAGACGUGUAUUGCUGUAGUUAGUUAAGUAGACAGACUACUAAUCAAAACAUUGGACUAGUAUAAGUGACAGGCGGCGUCUUAUGGCGGGUUUGUCUUACUUGGUGUUCCGAUUUUCGGGGUCCGCUGGUAGGACGUAUGGAGUGUUUUCAAAGGGAUUAACGAGGACUUUGUUGAUAUUUUUUGAUCUUGCAUGGCGACUUCGAAUCAAAUUUCCAUACCUCUACCUCAUCGCCUCAAUGAUGUUCAAUGUACGGUUACAGGUUCACAUUGAAAUACACUGAUGUGCGGCUGCCACAGGAGAAGAGCAUGCCUGCUCCUGAGAAUAAUGUGCUUUUUUCACGGUACAUUUUCGGAUGGAUUUGUGACUUCCUGCUUGCACAGACGUGGACGAUAUAAUGAGAACAGCAAGCGUGACCAUUGACACAUGGCCGCUGUCUCUGUUGCUUACUGCCAGUGGUGAGGAGGGGGGUGUCCAGUGCCUUUGCUCGGGGAAGCAAAGAUGUCGUCAGGUGGGUGUGUCCUACCCCAAACUGCAGGGACGUAACAUGAACCGUCUGCAGCACAGGACCGGAUAAGAGAAGGAUCGCUUUUAUCUGGGCCAACAGGACAGAGAGAGGAAGGCAGAUUGAAUUUUGUGCUAAUUUUCAGGGUCGGUACGAUAAUGACAUUGCGACAGACAGAAGUACAGAGCGGUACAAUUAUGACGGUUUUAUGUGUGAAUGUUCAGGGUAUUUCCCCUUCUUCUUUAACUUUUUUGAAGUUUCAACUGACAGCGCCACCAUGUGGCCAGAAGGGAAAGAAACUGGAGCCUUAACUUUCACUGCGUUCAAAGCGGGGGUCUCAUGCUCAAACCCUGGAGGGCCGCUGUGUCUGCUGCUUUUUGAUGUGUCCCUGCACUGAAACGCUUCAUUUACGUUUCUGAUUGGCUAUAGAGUCUGUGCACCUUGUUUCCAAGGCCUAAAUUGGCUUCUGAUUGAAAGGAACUCACGAAAACGCAGCAGAGGUCAUGGCCCACCAGAACUGGAGUUUGAGAACUCUGGUUCAAAGUGACCCGGCCUCUCCAGGACUGUGUUUUAAACCAGCCCUUCUGCGGCCGCUCCAAGCCCAGCUGUCUGGGAAGCAGGCCAGGCCUCGGGAGGAGGGGGGGUCCUGUGACCCGCAGUGUUUUAUGGCAGGUCUUCGGCAUACUGUACAGGUUGGGAAGUGGCUGCAUGCACUCACUUUCACACCCAUACACGAGGUCUAACUUUAGCCAAAUCGCAGUGCAACAGCUUCCGCGCUUACUAUUUAUGACUGCAGUGAGGAAAGGGGUUUUUAAAUGAGUCAUGGAAAAUGUUUUAAACUAUAUUGAUUUGUAUAGGGUUUGUUUUUGAUUUGUUUUACAUCUUGAUAAUUUAUCAACACUUAAAAGGAAUAUAUAAAAUAAUGUAGUCCCAGUGGCCCUUUCUUCAAAACAGUAAAUGAUGAAAACUUGUCUCUGCUUGUUUACAGAUGUAUUUGAUAUGCUUGUAUAGGAUAUGUUGUAUUUCUCUGUGUUUUAGCACAGUGUCUUUUCUGUCAGGUGGAACCCAAACCCUGUGUGCACUAAAUUUUUUGUUAGCACUGUUGAAUAAAUUGUGAACUUUCAGAGGCCUGUUUUGCAUGUCUGUGCUUUUGCAGGCGGUAUUCAAAAUGUGUAACGUCACAUGCCGAUUGGACAAUCUGGGGUAAAGUCAACAAACCCCAUCUUCACUGACCGACUAGUUCCACAAAGACUAAUACUAAUACAAAAAGACUAAAGGUGAAUAUUUGACAGCUGUGAUUAUGUAUGUGUUCCACAGGGAUGCAUGGUAAGGAAUGAGUGUUAAGCCAGGGUGGGUAAAAUGGCAAUGUGUGGGAAGCUUUUGGGAUGCUUCUAGAAACUAGCUCAUUGCCAGCUCCCACUCUCCUGGUCUAUUGUACAUAGGACUUCAAAUUAAUGUGGUUUCUUUUACAUGUUGGAAAGGGUUUUAAUAGAAGUCAGAUGAUCUGAAUAAUUAAUAUCAUAUUAAUCAAGUCACAUAUCUCAGUUGCUGACAGAAAACAUUUUAAGCCCUUCUGACCAACAGGCUGCCAUGGUUUGUUGUCUUGUUUCUGUUAUUGGAGGAUUACUUCUAAAGAUAGAGCAUGUAGUGUUAUUGAAAUGUCAAAUUCCUCUUGACCACUGCCCCCCGUCACCCAACAACUUUUCUCAUAAAUGUUUAAUUCCAAGCCCCGUCAGUGCCUUAACCCUCCUGAUGUGGGAUGUGUUUCUGCAUGAAGGCAGAGGUGUGAGAAUAAACAUGUAUGUCUAAGAAGAUUCA